GUUAAUUCUGAUGCUUUUUAAUAUUACUAUAUUACACAUUUUAUAGCUAAAAUCAUUAGUGCUGUGGUGUUCUAAUGGUUUCGUGAGAAUCACCCAGCCCUCCCAUUCGAAUAAUCUGUUUGUACUGUGCCUGUAUCUUUGCAACCUUUAAGUUGCUACACAAAAAGACAGCCAUUGCUGGUAAAACACAAUGCCUUUGUUUUCUAAUGCGUCAUAAAGCUAUCUUGCUAUUUUCACCAAGGUCACACGUCCCCCAUCCGGGCCUAGCUGUGGAAAAACACUGUCAUGGCAAGCAACAGAGAGACAACUUAAUUCAUUUAGACCUCAACCAUAAAACACAUUAAAACUAUACUUUAUAUAAAACAUUUAUACUAAGCUUAAGAUAAAACACUCAAAAUUUCUCUACCAUAAAAGCUGUCGGUGUCACGCGUUCAUGUGUUUUGGGGGUGUGGCUUUAGAAGAAACCCAGAAGGGAGGGGGUGGAGUGAAUGGAAAAAUUAGCUGUGUUUAAAACAGUGGUGAGAGGUCUACAGACACUCGAUUUUUAUACUCUCUUUUUCAGAGUACUUACAUUUUACUUAUGUAUUGAUAUAUAAAGACAGUUUAAACUAAUUUGUAAAAAAGUUUUUUUUUACAUAAUUCCUGCCUAUCCUGCCUUUAACAGUUAUCAUUUCAUUAUCAUUGUAUACCUGAGGCUUAACACCGCUGUGUAAAAUUUUUUCAAUCCCAGUAGGAGUUGCUAACAUGUUUCAAAAAUAAUGUGAUGUUUUAAUUCACAGUGAUUAAAACAUGCAUAAAUAAAAAUCUUGCAGCAUAAUUUUGUUUAAAACAUCAACAUUUAAGGUAAUUUCAGUUGAAUUUCUACCCUUAGGUGAGAUAAUAUAAAGUAGUGUUUAAAAAUGUAAUGAAUAAAUUAAAAUUCAUUCAUUGAGAAAACGCGCAUUUGCACGAUUAAUUGUUACAGCCCUAGUUAAAAUACCUGUGUGUAGCUUUGGAAACAUGGGGGUGAGUGCAGGAGCACAUAUUUUUUGGUUGACUGUAUAAUCGUAUAUUCAUUCAGACUCAGUAUUGUUGACUUCACUGUUAUACUUUGCUAUAUUGAAACAAUCUUCAAAUGGAUGGAGAAUAAACAACAAACUUUUAUUGCUUCCCACUCAGCUCCUUGGCUGUUUAAAACGGGUUAUUGUGCCACUACAGAAUCAAUUAAAGUUCGACAAACAAUUAAAUCAGUCAAGACGUCAUUUUUAACAUUUGUAUGACCUUGCAUGCAUGUCUGCUUAUGACCAAACAAUAUGUUUAUUUAUGUUUGUAUAUGAUACAGUUUAUAUACAUUAACUUAAUUUCCAAAAAUUCCCAUAAAUUCCUGUUAAGUUUCUGAUUAAGGAUAUUUAAAAAUUCUCCAGAUUAAGUUUUCAUGGACAAUUUCUGGAAAUUCACCAGGAACUUUCCGCCCCUUAGCAAACCUAUUUGAAAUUUUUAAAAGAUUUUUGUCAAUGAUUUUGUCAUUAAUUUAAAUAUAUUUUCUCUAUUGUUUUUUUCUGGCCAUAUCAUUUCAUUGCUGAGGUCACUUUGUGCCGUCAGUGCAGACGUGUUUCACAUGGAGCUAUAAUUUAAGUACAAGUAUUAUGUGAUGUUUAGGUCAUGUUUUCACUUAUCUGUAUUUUUGUCUGUUGCUUUUGAAGAUUAAAACUGAGCAACAGAGAUCUUAAAAGUGGGAGGGAUAUAGACAGUGGUGCUCUCUAUUUAUCCCACAGCGUCCACAGAUCAAAUAAAAUAAAUAAAAUCUGUAUUCUGGGUGGGUCCUGAUUCGUUUUCAAUGCAGGAAAUCCCUGCUGCAAUAAUCAGGUGAUGUCUGAAUCAUUUCACUUUGACAUGUGUAACUAACUUCUAUUCAAAACCUUGAUCGCUCGAUUUAAAUAAAAUGAAAACGUUUAUUCAAAUGAAUUAAAAAAAGGAAAAUCGCCCAGGUCUACACUAAAUUAAAUGUUUUAAUGCCUCUCUUUUCAUUUCUAGUUCACACCCAUAGAGUGAAAGUGAUUGAGACCUUCAGUGAAGCUCCUCCUACAACAAUCCACCAAUAAAUGCUGGAGUCAAACACACAGAGAAAUCACUCCAUGUGUGACAACUGAAAUCUUCAUGACAUAAUGUUGAUGCUGGUGAAAGAGGAGCUUGAGAAGAUGACAGAUCCACAACCAUGCAGAAUAAAGGAUGAAGAUACUGAGGAACAAAUAGAUAUGAUGGAAGUGAAAGAGGAGAGUCAAGCUGAAGUGGAUGAGAAACAUCAGAUUAUAAAAAUAAACCAUAAUGUUUCACAGAAAGAAACUCUGAAGACAGAAGACAUAAAGUGUGAAAAUAGUUUCAGUGAAGUUGAACGCCCUGAAGAUCACAAGAGGACUCACAGUGAGGAGAAACCUUUAACAUGUCAACAGUGUGGAAAGAGUUUCAGAAGAAAAGUUAACCUUAAAGCACACAUGAGGAUUCACACUGGAGAGAAACCACAUGUGUGCCAUCACUGUGGAAAGAGUUUUAUAACUGCAGGUGAACUUAAGAAACACAUGAGGACUCACACUGGAGAAAAACCUUACACUUGUCAACAAUGUGGAAAGUGUUUCUCUAUUGAAAGUAACCUUAAGAUUCAUGCAAGAGUUCACACUGGAGAGAAACCGUUCACAUGUCAACCGUGUGGAAAGAGUUUCACCUUUCAAUCGAACCUUAACCGCCACAUGAAAACUCACAGUGGGGAAAAGCUACACGCGACACUUGUCAUCUGUGUGGAAAGAGUUUCGGAACAAAUCCUAACCUUAAAGCACACAUGAAGAUUCACAAUGGAGAGAGACCAUACAUGUGUCAACAGUGUGGAAAGAGUGUCAGGAUGAAACCAAACCUUAAUGAACAUUUGAUCACUCACACUAAAGAGAAACCAUUAACAUGCCAUGACUGUAAAAAGAGUUUCAGAACAAAAUCUAACCUUAGCACACAUGAGAGUCCACACUCGAUAGAAACCAUUCAGCUGAGGUCUUUUAAUAAAACUGUUUGUAGGAU